AUGUUAGACGCAUCUCGUACUGAAUGGAAGGCUGAGUGGGAUGUAUUCGGAAAGCUGGAGGGAAAUGAGGACUCUGUGUACAGAUUUACCUUGGGCGAUCCUGACGCCGGUGGUCUGGGAUUCAUUGCUAGGUCGCAAUACUUUAAUGUCACCGCUCCGAAACUCGAAACCACGACCGCCACCACCUUACAGCCUUCUACCACGAUACAGAGUAUCUCUUCUACAAGGACUGUAACGUCCGCUACGCAGCCCCUCCUAACAUCUGCGGCUACAGAUCAGAGCUCGGAUUCAGGUGCUGAUUCAAAUUCCGAGUCUGAGAUGUCCAAGGGUGAAAUCGCAGGUGCAGCGGUUGGAGGCACUAUCGGUGGUCUUAUACUUCUUGGUGCUGUCGGAUGGUUGAUGUGGAGAAGGUUGGGAGGAAGCAAAAAAGACACAGACGCAUCGGUGAUUUCUCAGAGUCACCACCAACAAUUCCAUUCUUCCGAGACAAAGGCUGAGCUACCUGGUGAUUCGACGCUGGAGGUGAAUCCUCCCGGAUAUGCUAGGAGUCCACCAGGGCUGCAUGAAGCGCCUUGA